AUGAACAUUACCAAAAGAGUAACAAGCAUCAUAUUACGUGUCGUUGAAUGUGCAUUUGCAGUUAUCGUUUUGGGUCUCUCAGCUGGAGUAUUGGCGGGCUUUAACGCAAACAUUUCACGUGUCUCCUUCAAUCUCGUGGUUGCAAUCUUCAACAUCAUCUGGAUAGCUUACGUGGCAUUCAUUGCGCCAAUAGUAUUGGCAAACCAAACGCCAACAGCAGUGGUUUUCGCAGUCCAAGUCAUCUUUUGGGUAUUUUAUCUUGCUGGUUGGGCCGCAAUUGCUGAUGCGUUUCCAAGUGAUUGUAACUGGUGGUUCUUUUCGCGUGAUUCUGAAAGUACUUGUCGUGCGUAUCAAGCUAUCUUGCCCUUUUCUUUAUUAAAUUGGUUUUGGUUUAGUCUCGAAUUGGCAUUGUUUAUUGGGUACAGUUUUGUUCCUGAAAUCAAAACUUUGGGAAGUAAUCACUUGUUAACAAACACAACUUAUUAUUGGGGUACUGUGUUCAAUGCCGAGGCUACCACUUCAAAAGGUGUUGGUGGGUUAAACUUUACUGAUACUGCUGGUGUCGGCAAAGAAGGUGUUGUUGCCGAUGGUGGUGAUGAUGGUAUCAUUGCUCCUCAUCUUGACGAUGAAGCGGCUGUUGGAAAUGGAGUCAGUGAUGAGAAUGCAUACAAUACCCACGGCGAAGAAGAGUCAAAGGUGGUCACUGAAGGCUCAGAUACAUCCGAUCAUCAUCAACAAGCUGGGUUGGAAUAUGGUUCAAGAACAAACGGUACGAUCCCACCACCUACUCAUCAAAUCUAA